AGCCCGCAGACCCUCGGCCUCCGGGAGCCGGUCCUCGGCGGACCCCCCGCGCCCGGGCCCGGCUCCUCGGAGCCCCGCAGACCCCCGCCCGCAGACCCCCCUCCCCGGGCCGGGGCCCCGGAGGCUGCGGGCAUGAGGAGGGCCACCGCCCGGACCUCCCUCUUCUUCACCUGCUGCUGCCUCCUGCUGAUGCCCGUAAAUGGUAUUCACCCAGAAUGCAGAUUUCACCUGGAAAUCCACGAGGAGGAAAUACAAUGUAUGAAACUUUUAAAUGACCAAAAAGUGGAAUAUAAAGCAUGCAGUGGUGUUUGGGACAACCUGACAUGCUGGCGCCCUGCCGACAUCGGCGAGACUGUCACUGUCCCCUGCCCAAAAGUCUUCAGCAAUUUUUACAGCUUUAAAACAGGAACUAUUAGCAAAAAUUGUACAAGUGAUGGGUGGUCAGAGAUGUUUCCAGAUUUCAUAAAUGCCUGUGGUUAUACGGACAGUGAUGAUGAUGAUAUUAAGAUCACUUUCUACAUCUUGGUGAAGGCAAUUUACACCCUCGGAUACAGUGUCUCUUUGAUUGCUCUUACAACAGGAAGUAUUAUUCUUUGUCUAUUCAGAAAACUUCAUUGCACACGGAAUUACAUCCAUCUGAAUCUGUUCCUCUCUUUUAUCCUGAGAGCCAUCUCUGUACUAGUCAAGGAUGAUAUUCUCUAUUCCAGCUCAGGCACUCUACAUUGUCUGGAUCAGCCUUCCUCUUGGGUUGGCUGCAAGUUUAGCUUGGUAUUUUUCCAGUACAGUAUCAUGGCAAACUUUUAUUGGCUCUUAGUGGAAGGCCUUUAUCUCCACACCCUCCUUGUGGUUAUAUUUUCUCCAAAUAGACACUUCAUAGUCUAUCUUCUGAUUGGAUGGGGAAUCCCUACAGUAUUCAUCAUUGUGUGGGCCAUAGCAAGGAUCUCUUUAGAAGACACUGGUUGCUGGGAUACAAAUGAACACAGUGUUCCCUGGUGGGUUAUACGAAUACCAAUUUUAAUUUCUAUUAUAAUGACUUUUAUCCUUUUCAUUAGUAUCAUAAGGAUUUUACUGCAGAAGUUACGAUCACCUGAUAUCGGAGGCAACGAUCAAUCCCAGUACAAGAGGCUUACCAAGUCGACUUUGCUGCUGAUUCCAUUAUUUGGUGUUCACUACAUGGUGUUUGCUGUGUUUCCUAUUGGCAUUUCAAAAAAAUAUCAAAUAACAUUUGAGUUAUGUAUCGGAUCCUUUCAGGGGCUGGUGGUAGCAGUCUUAUACUGUUUUUUGAACAGUGAAGUGCAGUGUGAGCUGAAAAGGAAAUGGCGAAGUUUAUGUCUGAACCAAACAAUGGGCCGAGAUUACAGGCUUCACAGCUCUUCUAUUUCCCGAAAUGGCUCAGAGAGUGUCUUACAGUUCCACAGGAACUCAAGGGCCCCAUCAUUUCUGCAGACAGAAACCACAAUGAUCUGAACAAAGCUUGUGUUUGCUUUAAAAAAAAGCAUAACGAGAAACUGUACGACACCAGGCACAGCUCAUUGUGGCGCUUUCCAAAGUGUACAAAUGUGUGCUUCGCUUUUCUCCAGGUCUGCGUUUUUAGGGAUGGCCUAGUUCUGUGCAUCAGGUGAACCAGUGAUGUCUUGGCUUUACAGACUCUCUGAGCUUAAAUCUAGUCCUAGCACACAAGGCAGCCCCAUUAUGUGGCUGUUUGACUUGAAUUUAAAUGCAAAUUAUUGUAUCCCUACAGUUUUUAAAUGGCUCAUUUCUAAAGAACGUCAGUUCUGGGACGUGUGCCGAAAUCUGUCCUAUGUUGGCAUUUCCAUUUUCAAAGGCAGAAAUUAAUAGAGGGGCACAUCAGUCCAGGAAACCAGUGGCUGAAGUAAAGUGCGACUCCCAUCAAUCUGGUUUCCUUCCAGAAGGUCAAAGGGAAAGCAAAAAGAGCAGACUCUGAUCCUGUCCUCUUUCACCUGGACCUUUCCCAUCCACGCCAGCAAGGGGUGCCUUCCACCUUAUCCAGACCCUGUAGGUUGUACAAAGGAAAAUAAAAAGAAGCCAUCUAGAAUUCAGAACUACUUCCAAAGAGGUGUUUUAUCCAAGGGAGAUAAUCCUGCUCUACUAGAGGAGGCCACGAGCCUCAGGCGUAUGUCAGCACCAACAGCUCUUGGCUUGGAGAGAGUGAUUUCUAAGCUUUCUGACAAUACACCAGUCAGAAAAAGCCCUUUAUCCUUCAACCCAGCAGGCCAGGGGAAAACCUUAAAAUAAGUUGAAAAGUGAUUCCAGGCUGUGCAUUUUUUAGCCAUCCUGCUAGCCGGCUAAUGGUAGACAGGAGGAUUAUGUUAUACUAGGAGAACUAAACAUUAUCAGGUCGAGGUCAAACAAAGCCUUUGUGCUCUGGAAGACUGCAUCCUCGUUUGCUGGAUUGAUGGACAGCUUUGCCUCAGAGGUACUGGCGGCUCUGCACUGCUCUCUCACCCAACAACAAACCAUUCUGGACUCUGGGUUCUUCUUAAAGGACCGCUAGGUGGGCAGGGAGGAGUGAGGUGGAGAGAUGGGACAGGUGAGCAGGAAAAACACAGAUUUCUACCUGGUGCCAUGUGGACGUGCUGAGGCUAGAGUUCCCAAUAUGUGUUUUAAGAUUAGAUGACUGAAACUCAAAACCUUUCAUCUUGUCUGCACUGAGUGCUAUUUACGCCUUGCCCUCUGAGUGCAAAGCAUGGUACUAAGCGCUUGGAAAACUAGAACAGAAGCAAGACUCACAAUCCCUACCUACAAGGAGCUUACAAUACAGUGCUCAACCCGGGCAGCUUCCUUUAAAGCUAGGCUGACUCUUCAAGUUUAGGUUUGAACCCAGCAGACUUAGGUCCAUAAUGAGACUUUUUCUAUUCAAAAAAUAACCUGCAAAAGCUAUGAGUGGCCCCAUGCAGACAUAGCCCAGAUCUUCAAGGUUCAGGACUCCAUCACUGCCAAAACAGAGCAAGUAAUUGAAGCAACUGUUCGGAUAGCACAGGUAAAAAUGGUGAAGGCUGGAAUUAACUGGAAAAGAGAGGUGAAAAUACUUUUGUGCCCAAAUGAUCCAGAUUCUAGUUCCCUUCCCUUUGCCUGUGGGCAGUUGGCCAAGCUGUGCCUUCUUUGAUGGCUUAGAAUCAAGAGAAUCUAAUGAAGCCUUGCAGAUCACUGUGAAAAACUCGCCAGCCCACAAGGGUCCACCCCAAAGGCUGAGCCAAUGAUAUAUUUGCUAGGUAUUUGAGAAGUGGGCCUAGCAAGUCUCAUUAAACACACGUGGGAAUCCAAGUGCAAAGAGAGAAGAAUCCAGGAAAAUGCACUUCAAGAUAAAUAUUUGCAAGGCAAACGGGAAGCCCUAGACUAUUUUUAUCUCUCAGUAAAGGGGAGGUGAGAGAAUGAAUCUCUGCAAAUAGAAACAGCUCAGUGGGAAUUCAACAGGGGGAGCCAGUUGGGAUCAACCAGAUUUAUUUUGUCAAGGGGGAGGGGGGCUAAAUUAAAUACAAUUCUAGAGUGCACAAUUGGCAACAGCAACAAAGAAACCAUUUGGUAGAGAUUAUCUAAGCUUAAUGAACUGUGUAAAUACUUUUCAAUAAAACACCAUUUCAUGUCUGCAAACUAACUAAAAA